UGUACGAAGUCAUCUUUAGGUCAUACUUCGCAGCAUCCUUUUUGUGAAGCCGCUGGACUUACUGCAACUAGCGGACUUGCAUCCUUGCGGCAAUCAUGGUUCUACGUACGAAGACCCUACAUGUGUCGCACCUAGGGGGGAUCGAAGUUGGCUAUCGUCCGUCGCAAGAGAUCUUGGAUCAUUCGAAGCCCACUCUUGUCUUGUUCAAUCCAUUCACUACCACGGUGGACUACUACCUACCCGAGUUUGAGAAUGAAGCUCUCCUUAACGCGGCUAAUCUCGUAGCGUUCGAGCCUCUCGGACACGGGCACACGUUUCCGCAGAAGGCAGAAACAUUUACAUACUGGGAUACUGCCAUCAUGACACUCCAGGCCUUGGACAAACUCGGAGUUGAUCAGGUAUUUGCUGCGGGGACUUCGCAGGGCGGGUGGAUUGCUGCGAGAAUGGCGCUUCUUGCGCCAGGGAGGAUUCAAGGCAUUAUCGCGAUCGGAUCAUCGAUGGACUCUGAGUCGCCCCGAAGCCGCGAACUUGGUUGCUGGGAUGGCCCAGCAGCGACUUCGGGCCUUGUGACGUUGGCUGGCAACUUUGCUCCAGCUCACGAUUUCGAACCAGGCAGUGGAUACUGCGACUUCCUGAUGGACAUUGGUUUCGGAAAGACUGUUGACCAAAAGACUAAGGACUUCUGGUCCGAGACCAUCAGACACAACUACAGUGGAGACUCUGGGAAGAGAAGGAUCUGCCAGGCAGCGGUCAAUCUUGCUGGUCGAGAUGGAUUGCACGAGCGACUGCCGUAUAUCCGCUGUCCCGUUCUGUGGUUGCAGGGAACAGAUGAUGUCGUUUUCAGUGUCAAGAACGCGGAGGAAGAAAUCAAGCUGUUCACAAACGCAGCAGAUACCAGAUUGGUCAAAUUCCCAGGAGGGGUUCAUUUUCUGAGCUGGACACACAAGGAAAAGGUCGCUCAGGAACUUCUGGGCUUCAUCAGCAAAUGGGGAAGGGGUGUGAAGGCAUCAUUGUGAAGCGGUGGAGUCAUGAGUAGACGCACACCUAGACAAGAAGAUAAGUCGUUACGUGAAAAUGCUCCCUGACGGCUUCGUACGAAUACUCGAGCCUGGGACCGGAUCCUUGGGACCGGGCUACCAAUAUUCCGU